AUGUUAGCACUGUUGAGGAAUGGAGACUCGUGGCUGAAGAAAUUGUUGGGAAAAAUGGGGGUAUCAAUUGGAGUGCUAGGAAUUGUGGAUUGGCCUGGUCUUGGAUACUCUGACAGACCUAAGCUUGAUUAUAAUGCUGAUGUUAUGGAGAAGUUUCUGGUGGAUUUCAUCAGCGCUCCUGAUAGUCCUAUUGUUAGCUCUGCCUCAGAUAAUGACUGUGUGGUCUUUGGGGGAGGGCGUGCUGCAACUAUAGCAGUUCGUGCUGCAAAGAAGGGUUUGGUGAAGCCAAAAGCCAUUGCUGCUGUUGCACCCGCCUGGGCUUGUCCCCUUCCCAUUGUGUUUGGUAGAGAUUCUAGUAUGGAAUCAAGGUAUGGGCUAUUAAGAGAGACCUUAAGGGCCCCUGCUGUAGGUUGGAUGAUGUACAAUGUGCUUGUUAGCAAUGAGAAGGCAAUCCAAUCCCAGUACAAAUCCCACGUAUAUGCAAAUCCUGAAAAUGUAACUCCUAGUAUUGUUGAGAGCAGAUAUGCACUUACGAAACAGAAAGGCGCUCGUUAUGUGCCUGCUGCUUUCAUGACUGGAUUGCUCGAUCCGGUAAAUUCUAGGGAGGAAUUCGUUGAACUAUUUGCAGGACUAAAAGAAGAUAUCCCUGUCUUAGUUAUGUCGACUGCAAGCGCACCCAAGAGAUCAAAAGCAGAAAUGGAAUCUCUCAGGGGAGCAAAAGGGGUCAGCAAAUUUGUUGAGGUACCAGGUGCUCUCCUGCCACAAGAAGAGUAUCCCCAAAUAGUUGCAGAAGAGAUAUAUAGAUUUUUACUUGGAGAAUUUUGA